GAACGCAAAUUCCCCAAGUUUGUAUCCAAAGAAAUGGAAAACAUGUACAUCGAGGAGCUGAAGUCGUCCGUCAACCUGCUCAUGGCCAACUUGGAGAGCAUGCCGGUGUCCAAGGGCGGCGAGUUCAAGCUUCAGAAGCUCAAGCGCAGCCACAACGCUUCCAUCAUCGACCUGGGCGAGGAGAGCGAGAACCAGCUCUCCAAGUCAGACGUCGUGCUGGCUUUCUCCUUGGAGGUGGUGAUCAUGGAAGUGCAAGGCCUCAAAUCCUUGGCUCCCAAUCGCAUUGUGUACUGCACAAUGGAGGUGGAAGGGGGAGAGAAACUACAGACGGACCAGGCCGAGGCGUCUAAGCCCAC